UUUAACCGAUGAUUGGGACACACUGACUCACUCUCACUCGGCAAACAGACCCAGUCGACCAGGUCUCGCCACGGUCCUUAGACCUUUGUACGGACUCUGUUCGGCGCGAGAGAGAGAGAGAGAGAGAGAGAGAGAGAGAGAGAGAGAGAGAGCAAUGUUACAGUUCCCGGGGUUCAUGAAACAGUACCCAUGGUCAACAAGGACCAUUCCGUCGUCGUUUUUGCUGCCAACCCAAUGGCCCCAACCCCACAGCGAAGAGCUCCUCCUCGCCAUGGAAGAGUCCGAUUUCGAAGAGAAGUGUAAUGAAAUCAGAAAGAGCAGUAGCAGCCUGAUUGUGAUUGGGAAAACCACCGUCGACAAUGAUAAAGACGACUACGAGCAUGAUCCAGAUGACGAUGACAUCGACAAUGCAGAGGACUCAGAGGGCGAAGAGUUUGAGCAGGAAACUGGUUGAAAUUGCUGACACCUCUGUUCUGUUUAUGUUUGGACGGUCAUAUAAACCUGCAUUAAGUCUUGAACCUUGUAUGCUUAUCAUAUUAUCCUAAACAGUUUUGUUGAAUUGCCUCCAUUUCAUAUGGAUAGAGCUUGUGCCUUUUUGUUUCUAUAUAUCCUUCUGUUGGAGAUAUGUAUAAAAGAUGUUGGUUUUAUAUGUCUUCACGGACUUGGAAUAGGUACAAAAUUCGAUA